AGCGAGUCAUAGUGAGGAAUGAAGUAAAUGAAUGAAUUCAUAUUAUGGUGUAUAAUAGCAAAGUAACGGUUCACUACGAUCGAGUUAAGUGAGAUAACAUUAAUUUGUGGCAGUGGGUUCGCCGUACGGGUUAUAGCUGCGAACGCACCUGAACUGUAUUUUAAAUGCAGAGACAUAACAAAAAGAUAAUUCUAUCUUCUUUUAGAAACUGCUGGCUUUACGAGUGCAAAAGUCUGUGUGCUUUAUCAUAUGCAUAAACCCAGACAUCUUCUUGCAUUGAGCACUGAGGAAAAGAGAACAUUUUUAGAUUCAAUAGAUCAUGUAUUUUCGGAUAUAGAUGGUGUUGUGUGGAAUGUAACCGAAGUCAUUGAUGGCAGUAGUGCUGGAUUCCAAGCUCUGCGAGAUGUUGGCAAGAAAUUAACUUUUGUAACGAAUAAUAGUGUCCGACCCGAAGAACAGUGUCUAGCAAAAUUGAAGAAAACAGGCAUUGAAAUCGAUGCGGAUAAUUUGAUACACCCUGGUAAAAGUAUUGCGGAAUAUUUAACAUCCAUCAAGUUUGAAGGUCUUAUAUACGCUAUUGCCAGUAACUCCAUAAAAGAUCUAUUACGCAAUGAAGGCUUUCAGGUCAAGGAAGGUCCUCAUGUAAUUAUUGAAGAAUCGUUGCCACAACUAAUAGCAAAUGUUGUUGAUAGUGAACCUGUUAAAGCGGUUGUCAUUGAUUUUGACUUUAAUCUCACACUUACCACCAUGAUGAAGGCCAAUUUUUAUUUGCGACGACCAGACUGCCUGCUGAUCGGGGGAGCUACUGACUACAUCCUGCCCGCUACAAAGGAUAUGUCAUUUAUGGGACCAGGUGGUUUCCUCAAGGCCUUGGAAGAUACAAGUGGCAAAGAAAUGUUGAUAUUCGGCAAGCCGGGCAAAGCUCUGGCUGACAUCCUUAUUAAACGCUUUGAGAUUAAAGAAACUAACCGAGCUCUUAUGAUCGGCGAUAUGCUGGAGCAAGAUAUACGUUUUGGAAAAAUGUGCAAUUUUCAGACACUUUUAGUUCUUACUAGUGGCAUGACCCCCGAAGAGCUAUGUAAGCAGACGGAUCCAAAUCUUAUACCAGACUACUAUGUCGAUAGUAUGGGGGACUUUGUACAAUUCAUAAAUGAUAUUAAGAAAUCUAAUGCAUAGAAUUUAUACAGAUCAAUAACUCUUUUUAAACAUAAGAAUAGAUACGAUGUUAAAAAACAACUGUGCAACAACUUAUACCUAUGAAAAAAAUACUAACAAAAUGUCGCCUGCGUUAAAAUCCUGUGUAAAACACAAAAAAAAAGGAAGAACGUAUCAAGUUCGGCUUGGCCGAAUCUUAUAUACCCUCAACAAUGAAGCGCAUUUGACACUUUCAUUGGAUGUCCCUUUCAAGUAUAUAGCAGACAUAACUCCAUAUACAGAUAGAUUGUACAUGUCAUGGCUAUAAGCCAGGGCAGCGGAGUCGGAGUGGAGCAAUUUUACCCGGAGUCGAAGCCGAGAAAAUUAUUUUGACUCCGACUCCGGACAAAGUAGUACAAAAUGUCUCAACCAAAAAAAUUAAAUUUGAAAAAAGUUUUUGAAUAAAUAAAAUAAAAUAUUAUUUUUAUAGUA